CUAUUUUAGUGUGACCCGGGCCGACACUUGGCUCCGCCCUUUCGGCAAAGACAAAAUACCUUAAUCCGUCGGGGGUCUGGUUUGCUGAGCCUUUCAAGCCAGCGACCUCGAACGACAGUUACGAAAAAUGAACCAACCGCCUGAUCUUUUUUUCACGAAUUAUGCCAUGAAUGCCCCAAACCGGUCUCCCAGCUCCGCGCGGCCGGGUUACAACACCACAACCGGUCUUCCCGGCGUCAAUCGUCUUAACCAGCGCCAAAUGGACCCUGUCAGCCAAGCGUCUCCCGCUCUCUUCGCCAGCGAUGACCGUUUCGCCUCCUACGACAGCAACUCGUUCAGACACAACAGGGCCCAGCCUACCCCUGGCGGCUUCGCUGCCGACGGCUUCAUGGGCGGUAAUCAAGCGUGGGCGCCAUACAGUUCCGGCGCGAACACUGUGUCUGGGGCCCUGGGCGAUGGCAGGCUCCGGCCCGGCGCCCGUAGAGCAGCAAUUCCGGCGUGGACGAUGCAGGAGCAGCCUAGUCUCGGAAGCCAGGCUUUAAACACGCCUUCGACCCAGUAUUCAGGGGUCGCCAAUUUUAACCCAGCAAUGAACUUGAUGAAUGGAGACCCAUCCUUCGCAGCCGAACGCCACGUGUACCCCACAUCGAACAUGUAUGACCCUCGACACGACCCGAAGGCGCUCGGGAACGACCUGAUUCCAACGGCAAUUGUGAUUAAGAAUAUUCCUUUCAAUGUGAGGAAAGAGAUGCUCACCACCAUCAUGUCCGAGUUGGGCCUGCCGCAACCCUAUGCCUUCAACUACCACUUCGACAACGGCAUCUUCCGCGGCCUCGCUUUUGCAAAUUUCCAGAGUCCCAUAGACACCCAGACCGUCAUCGAGCAGCUCAAUGGCUAUGAGGUCCAGGGCCGGAAGCUUAGAGUCGAGUACAAGAAGAUGCUGCCCGAGCACGAAAGGGAAAGGAUCGAGCGAGAAAAGAGGGAAAAGCGCGGCCAACUCGAGGAACAGCAUCAGCCCAUCACCACCCUCCAUUCACAGUCUUCGAUGCAUUCACUCAGUGCCGCCAACGCUGCCGCCAGGUCCCGUAACUCACCGUUGCGGGAUGUGGACCUUAACAAUCCAGACACGUUGAGUUUUUACACCGAGUUGACGCUUUUCCGAAGUGACCCCAACCGCGAAAUCAUCGUUUUCCCGAGCUCUAUCACACCCCAGCAGCGUCGAACCGUCCAUAUCCUAGCUCACAACAUGGGCCUUGAGCACCGGUCCGUGGGCGAGGGGCCCCAUAGGCAAAUCCACGUCAUCAAGGACACUGGAACCACGCAGGCAAUGCACAUGCCUCCCGGCGUUUCUGCUGACGCCCAUCGCCGGGGCCUGAGUCGGGCCGCCACAAUCGAUUUCGCCGAAACCAGGAGCAGUCAACCUGGCCAUUAUGGCACGCUGGGCAGGCAAGGUCGGCAUGGACCGACCUUGGAACUUCCAGACAGUCCAGAUGGGGGCCUGAAUGCGCUACGCGGUGUUAAGUCCUUUGCCGAUUUGCGCUCCUACACCCCGAGCCCUUCCCUCUCGGCCUCCGGAUAUCCGCAAGGGACCACCGUUCACGGCCCGAAUGUAGCCCAGUACGGCGAGUACAGCGCCAGCCUUGGGGGGCAGAACAGCUCCUUGACAACACCAACCACCCCGGGAACUGCGUCGAAUACCGAUCCGUCCAUGUUGAUCUCGGACCUCGGAUCCAUGUCACUCGGUGAGCCGUUCAGUGGAGGCCGGCUUCGGCCGCGGGAGACCCCAGGUGCUAUCGGCAGCCAGCGUCCUGGGCUGAACGGGUCGAGCACUCGCAGUGUUCCUGAGCGUCAGCCCCUUGGCCCCAGCGGUGACUGGGGCGAAAAUAUCGGCUUUGGAGGAAGGGGUCGAACAAAUGGUCACAUUCAACGGGGAAGCGGUGCGUGAUUGUGGCUGGACUCGCCCAACCUUCGACAACUCACUCACUAACAAGGCCGUUUAGACUCGUCUGAAAAUGCCGUGCGUGGUGCAACAGCUUCCACGACCUCGCGAUUCCAGUAGGUUCGGGGCAAGUCUCGCCCACAAAUUCGAUGCCGCAGCCGACUCCCUCCAUCACGACUGUUGCCCAUGCAACUUCUUGGCUAAGCGACCGAAUACCACCUCGCGGCCUCUCUCGUACCCCUCGUCAACAUCUGCUCUGAACCGCAGUCACCUAAAAUUUUUC